CCCACCUGGUUUUUUGUUUUCGUGGCAUCGGGGCUUUGUGUUUGGGUUCUAGCAACUCGAUUGAAUUUGGUUUUAAUUUUGGUAGGAUAAUGGAGUUUAUUCAGUUUACCUUUGUACUUGUGGCAGCUUUAUGUGCUAUCUAUUACAGUGGCCAAGGACCUCAUCUGAUGAGGAGGCUGAACGAACUCGUGACAGGCAAAAAAGGCUGUUCCCCGGUGGCCGAUCUUGAUUUUGUCACGCUUCAUUACUUUGCGGGGCGUGGGCGGGGCGAAGCCAUUCGUCUGAUGUUGGAGGAGGCAGGCAUUCCGUACAACCAGACAGACUUCACCAUGGAGACCUGGCCCCAAGCCAAGAAGGCAGGAAUCAAGUCCGGAAUUUACACAUUUGGGCAAGUCCCAGCUAUGGUGACGCCGUCCGGCCUACACAUGGUGCAGAGUCAAGCCAUGGCCCAUUACAUCGGCCGGGCCACGGGCAUGGAAUGCGACUGUGAACAGCUCCACCACUGCGAGGUCAUCGCCCUGGGCACUGAGGACUUCCGUAGCAAGCUGAGCAAGAUUAUCUAUGACCCAGGCUUCUCCGUGAAGAUGAGGGACGAAUAUCUCCAGUCCACGGCACCAAUGUGGCUGGAGCAUUUUGAGAAGCUGGCGCCCAGCAUCCAGGCGGAGGACGUGGCAUACUUCGGCGGCAAGCACAUCACCUGGGUGGACUUCCUGGUCUUCGACCUGCUGGACGUCAACAUGGAGUUUGGGCAGGUGGACCUGGGGCGCCCUCAGGUGGCCAUCCUGAGUAACUACCCCAAGCUGCAGUCGUUCUACAAUCAGUUCCGGACGCGGCCGCGCAUUGCCGCGUAUUUGAACAGCAGCAAGCGGGCACCUUACAAGCUGCCCUACGUUCCCACUGUCAAGAAACAAGAAAUUGCCUAAAAUAUACCACAAGAAUAGAAAUGCUUUUUAAUUCGAAAAGCAGUGUAUCGACAGAGUAUCAAUCAUUUUAUCUAAUUUGCUUGUUCACUGGCGCCUAAUCUUUUAUUUGAAUCACAGGCAAUAAGUUUACCAGUUUUAUUUUUCACUUCUGGAGUACGUUUAUUUCAAAUUUCUUUCCUCAUGUGCUCCAGUAGCAGCUGUGAAAACAUUACAAGGUAUUCAGGAUCCUUCAAGUAGCUUUCUGUUCUUAAUUUAACGGGCAGCAGAGAAUGGAGAGGAUUGGACUGAAAAGGAUGCACACUAAAAACAUUUGUUGCAAAUGUGCAUGGGUGCCAAAUGCAUGAAAUUGUCAGGACACCUAACAUGCAUGCUUAAAGCCUUUUUUCCCAGAUCACAUUCACUGAAAAAUUUAAAGUGAUGAAACUGCAAAGCAGGAUAAUUAAAUGAAACAAAAUCAAAGCUUGAAAAUUAAUUCUGCCACUAGUAAAUGCCUUCAUUGUUUGAACAGAAAUAGAAUUUUGUCUUUUACAUUGAUGUACUUAUGAAAUAUGUUUCCUCGGUAUUGUUUGUAUAAAUUGCUUCAACUGUAUAUUCCAAAUUGUAUGUAUGUCAUCAUGGUUCAUCGCGUAGUUCAUGUGCGCGUUGCAACUGCUCGUCAGUGCUAGAGCAUGUUUUCUCAGAGUGCCUUUUUGACACCUGUUUAAUACAUCCAAUUUGAAAGCAAUACAUAUAUGACAUUGUUUAUGAAGAAUUUAAGAUCACGUCAAGGUAAAAAUUAAAAAGAUUUUGAAUAUCUGACUUUUACAAAAUCAA